AUGACUUCCAGCACGACAGUUGUCACCCAAGCAAAGCCAUGGGCGGCCAACUCGAUCAGCAUCGGGUCAGUCCAACCAUCGUACAGAACCAGCGAGAACGCCGGGUUCACCAGAUCUUCGUAUCAACCAGUUCGGCUCUUAGUCGAUGACUACCUGAAGCUGAAGCGAGAUGGCUUCCUCAAGGUAGAAGGUCUAAUCCCACAGGAGGACAUUCGCACAAUGUCGACUCAUAUGAACCGGGUCAUCGAAGGAGCAGAGACGGCCCCGGGCUUCCCGGCCAUCAACCCAGAUAUGCCCGAGGCAGAGCGUGUAGCCAGGUUCUCACGGAUUCACAACGCCCAUCGUGUUCACGCUCUGCAUGAGCGAUUCCUACUCCACCCUCGCAUACUCGAUGCUAUCGAGCAGCUCAAUGGCCCUGAUGUGUUGGCGUUGCAGAGCAUGACAUUCUUCAAACAACCCGGACAGCCCGGUCAGGGGUAUCAUCAAGACUCUUAUUACAUCCCCACGCUGCCCAACACGCUCAUCGCAGCCUGGGUUGCCAUCUCCGAAGCCACGGAGGAGAACGGAUGUUUGCGUUUUCGUGUGGGCUCACAGUCCGAGCCGCUGUACCCACAGGCUGAAAACGAGUUCACGCACGAAUCUCGCAAUUUGGCGGGUGUGUUCGACAACUCCACGGCCUCGUUCGAGGACCCGGCGGCAAACCAGCUGGCAGCCGUUGCUGAACGCUAUGAGGAAGUUGCGUGUCCCGCCAAUCCGGGCGAUGUGAUCUUCUUUGAAGGCAACGUAUUGCAUCGCUCGGACCCAAACAGAGGUACGACCUCGCGCCGCGCCUUCGCUGGCCACUACUGCGAUGCGAGAAGCUUUGUGCCAUGGAAUACCGGCGAGAAGUGGGACGGCAUGGACGCAGGGAGACCAGCAAAUCAAUAUCACGUGCUGGCUCGUGGCGACAGUCACAUGGCCUUUGCGACACCGAGCUUCGGAACUCCCUGUGCAGCGUUGGAGGAGAGAGUCCCGCGCCUUGCGGGCUUGCAGGUUGAGAUGCCUAUGGCGGACGCUGGGAAGCUAGGUUCGGGUCCUGUGAAGGUGGUGCGACAAUAA